UCCUCUCACGGCGACUUUGUUUUUCUCUGCGUUAUGAUGGGACGUGUUUGUUGUCUUUUGUGCUUGUUAGCCUUACUCUACAUUUGCAAAACCUGCAUGGCUGAUAUUUUUGAAGGUCACCAAAAAUAUAGCCACUUAGUAUCCUCGGAGCAGGAGCAAAAAGCCUUUCCCGUGCACCCCAUGUCAGGGGCACUAAGGCCGUGGACAAGAGACGGGGAAUUUCCAAAACCUCCUCCGGUUAUGCGUCCUUAUCACGUUUUCCCGAUGUUUCAACAUGUCCCGGUUCCUCUAGUUGACAUGGAGCUGUUCAGACCUAUGUCCGGGAGAAGACGCUUGCCGAAUAUUUUGAGUGGGGUUCUUAAUCCUCAGGUGAACCCUCAGCGCAUCCAGGUGUCUCCCGUGCGCAAUACUCAUGGCGUUGAGGUCUGGUGUGGCUACAGUAAGGUUUCGGUGCGUGUGAAUAAGAUGGUUCUGGGCUUCAGGAGUUCACCGUCUUAUUUUUAUCUGGGAACGUGUUCUGCCUCGCGCUCCAAGAAAGAUUUAAUCUAUUUUCAUUACGACCUGAACGAGUGCGGUAGCUCUUUAACGAUGAUGAAUGGCCAGAUCAUAUAUUCCAACACCUUAAAAUAUAUGCCAGAGUCUCAAGGGACAGUAAUAAGAGCAGUGCCUCUUACAUUAAACAUACAGUGCCUUUACAACAGAUUCCAUUAUUCUUACAAAAUGGGCUUCCUACCCGUGAUACGGGAACGCAUGUUUCACAAGUCUUUAGAAAGGAGGGCCAAAUUGACCAUAUCUGUGUGUAAUGAACGCUGGGAAAACCUCGGGGAGAAUGAAACUUUUAUGCUUGGGGAGCCCAUGUAUUUUGAAGUGUCUGCUUCUCAUGUAUCUAAGAGUGUGAGGAUUUUCGUUGACUCCUGUUAUGCGGCAUCUUCCAAAGACCCAAACUCAACUCCAGAACACAGCAUUAUUCACAAUUACGGGUGUAUGGAGGACAGCAGAAGACAUGGAAGUUUGUCCCGCUUCCUCGAAAGACAGUCAAACUUUAUAAGGUUUUCAGUCGAUGCCUUUUUACUCCCCCAAGUUACAGGCAAGCACUUUUACCUGCAUUGCAAAGUAUCAGUUCACAGUACCACUGCCAGUCCCUCAGCCAAAUCUUGUACCUAUAACAGUAUUAAGAAAAGAUGGGAAGAACUCAACACUGAUGUAUCUGUUUGUGCUUGUUGUGAAGUCAAAUGUGAAGUUGAAACUAAAUCCUCUUUGUCCCUUGUGACGCAAUCUCUGAUCACAAGUAAAUCUUGGGUUUUGAACAAAACCGAAUCCUCAUUUACUCAGCAUAAGGAAGGAUGGGUCAGUACUCAUGAUGUUCCAGAAGAAGAAUUCAAUGAAGAAGAGAAGGAGAAUUGCACAGAGAAGAUUGUAACUAAAACGGAAGAACAAAGGGAAACUUCAGCGAAAAACAAAGACAUGCGAGUGAAUGAUGCAGAGGAAGAAAUUGAAGUGAUUUCAGGUACAGAGGCAACGUUAACAGAGUUUCAGGAGGAAGUUGCUGUUCGUUCUGGAAAAGUGAUGUUUUUAGAGGACCAAAUGGAAAAGAGUGUCGAUAUGGAUGUGGAGAUUGUCCAGAGCACGAUUAAAACUGACACUCUGGUAAAGUCUAUCGUUCAGUCUUUAAAAGAAUCAUUGGAUGAUGCUCAUGAUGAUAAAAAAUCCAACAUAAGUCUGCAAGAGAAGAUUUUCAGAAAAGAAAUGCAGCCUGACGAUUUAGAGAAGAACAUGGAUGUACAAAACACAACACAGUCUGCAAUAAUGAUUGAGGAAGAUAUGUUUAUAAAUGCCAAACAAGAACCAAAGGAGUGGAGUAAAGAUGAACAAGAUCAAACAAGAAUGAAAUACUAGAAUACUGAGGGGUCAUUGAAAUGCAGUAUAAAAUGUCUCUAAGAACCCUUGAUUGGCAGUUCUUCUCAAUUUCACAUGUGGGGCAGGAAAUCUCAGCAACAUUCUGAAAGUUGUGGGGCCAUAAACAUGUGGGGUCAUGUUUAUGGCUUUAACCUAAUUCACAAACUUGUGCAUAAUGACAUUCUUGAAAUAAAACAAUAUUUUAUGA